AUGUCGAUCCAGCCGCUGAUUACAUUCAAGGCGGGCCAGUGCGAUCUCUCUGGCAGCGCACCAAAUCUCAAGGUGAAGCCGCAGCAGACGCCAGGUUACGUCUACCUGUACCAAGGAGAUGAUGAAUUUGUGCACUUCUGCUGGCGGACCCGCGAAAGCGCCGUGGACGAUAGCGAAGUCGAUCUCAUCAUGAUCCCCGGCGAUGGAUCGUUCAUACCGUACACAGGCAGUGAGGCAGCUGCAGAGUCGGAAAACGUCCGCUCACCUACAGAUGGCCGUAUUUUCGUCCUCAAGUUCUCCUCCAGCUCACAACGUUACCUCUUCUGGUUGCAAUCCAAGUCACAGCACCCCCGCAGCGACGCUAGCUGGUUCAGCCCUCGGGAUCUCGCCAUCGGACAGAUCGUCGAUAGGCUCUUGAACGGCGAGGAAGUAGAUGUCCAGACCGAACUCGCCGUAGCCGCAAGCCAGAACCCCGAUGAGGACGAGACGAUGGAGGAUGCCGAUGACCAGGCUGCCAACCGAAACCGACACGGUAGCACCGGCGGUGCAGGAGCGGGAGCCACAGGAGGUGACAUCCGAGAAGAGGGUGAGGAAUCACGAGAAGGCGGUGCUGAUGGCGGCCGAGCAGCGGCCGCAGGAUCGAACGACGCCUCCGCCAUCGUCCAGAACUUCCUCCAGUCCCUCAAGCCCGGUGGAUCUGGAAGCGCAUCAAGUGGCUCCGACGACCCCUUCACAACACUUCUCGAUCUCCUAUCUCCACCCAACACCCUUCCGGUCAUUGAUAAGGCGCCCGACGAGUUCAUCGACGCUCUCUGCGCACAACUCCCCACUACGCUCUUCCUUAUUGAAGCCGAAGUCGACGACGUCGCCGACAUUGAUCCCGAGUCGGAAACCGCACAAGCUGUACUCCUUUCUCUUGGUCAAGAAGAAAAGCGCGAUGUGUUGAAGAGGGUGGUCACAAGCCCACAGAUGAGACAGAGUUUAGGCAGUCUCACGGUGGCGCUCAGAGAUGGAGGGCUGCCGAACGUGAGCCAGGCCCUCAAGAUUGAUGUCCAAAAUGGUGGCUUUAUAAGAGGCGGAGGAAUGCCGCUUGGGGGCGGUGAGGCUGUGAAGGCUUUUGUGGAGGGCGUGAAGAAGACGGUUGAGAAGGAGGACGAUGAGGAUGAGAUGGAUACGAAUUGA